ACUCCAUUCCUCCAGCGCCCCGGGGUCGAGGAGAUGGCGAGCAUGGCGACUGACCUCGGGAUGGAGCUUGUGGUUGCCGUUCGAGACUUUUCCUCCUCUGAGAUGUCGCAGUCGCACUCUCAGCUUAACAUUAAGGCAGGGGACGCGAUCCUUGUCAAGCAGGCAGGGACGAAGGGAUGGAAGUUCGGUCAGAUUCUCCUGACGGUGUCGGGGAAAAGACUUUUCAGCAACGACGACUUGCUUCACGGGUGGGGAGCGCAGGGAUGGUUCCCGGAGACCUUCGUUGCUGCUGCUCAGGAGCUGGCGACAUGGCGGCAGAGAAUAAUACAGAUCGGAUCUCCGGACGACGACGGGACUGUCUCGGUGGUGGACGCUUCCUCUGGAGAGACCAUCUUCGCUGGACUGCCGGAAGCUCCGGCUGAGCACUGGUACUUCCCGGCACAGGAUGGGGAGCGAUGAGAACGGCAGAGGAGAGGGUGGAAGUGAUGGUGAUGUAAAGUAGAAUAUAUUACACCAAGUUAUGAAAAGAGAUCACGUUG